AUGCGUGAAAUCGUGCACGUGCAAGCCGGUCAAUGCGGCAACCAAAUUGGGACAAAAUUCUGGGAGGUCAUCUCGGACGAACAUGGAAUCCAACAAGACGGCAGCUACAAAGGCGACUCGGAUCUCCAACUUGAACGCAUCGACGUCUACUACAAUGAGGCUAAUGGUGGCAAAUACGUGCCUCGCGCCGUGCUGGUCGAUCUUGAGCCUGGAACAAUGGACACGGUGCGCAAUGGACCCUAUGGAGGAAUCUACCGUCCCGACAACUUCGUCUUCGCUCAAUCGGGUGCUGGAAACAACUGGGCCAAAGGACACUACACUGAGGGAGCCGAGUUGGUCGACCAAGUACUUGAUGUGAACACGGAUGAGACGUUCUGCAUCGACAACGAGGCACUCUAUGACAUCUGCUUCCGAACACUCAAGCUCAAUAACCCGACUUAUGGCGAUUUGAAUCAUCUUGUUUCUAUGACGAUGUCUGGUGUGACAACUUGCCUUCGCUUCCCUGGACAACUCAACGCAGAUCUUCGAAAGCUUGCCGUCAACAUGGUGCCUUUCCCACGUCUCCACUUCUUCAUGCCUGGAUUCGCUCCCCUCUCCGCCAAAGGAACCACUCAAUACAAAGCUCUGACGGUCGCCGAGCUCACACAACAGAUGUUCGACGCCAAGAACAUGAUGGCCGCUUGUGAUCCACGCCAUGGACGAUACUUGACUGUCGCAGCAAUGUUCCGUGGAAAGAUGAGUAUGCGCGAGGUGGAUGACCAAAUGAUGCACGUCCAGAACAAGAACUCCGCCUACUUCGUCGAAUGGAUCCCCAACAAUGUGAAGACGGCCGUUUGCGACAUUCCACCUCGAGGAUUGAAGAUGGCUGCAACCUUCGUCGGCAAUUCAACCGCCAUUCAAGAACUAUUCAAGCGCAUCUCUGAGCAAUUCACUGCCAUGUUCCGUCGCAAAGCUUUCCUCCACUGGUACACUGGCGAAGGAAUGGACGAAAUGGAGUUCACGGAAGCCGAAUCGAAUAUGAUCGACCUCGUCUCCGAAUACCAACAGUACCAAGAGGCCGAAGCUGAGAUGUUUUUUCAUCACCAGCUACUUGCAAGCCGGGACUCAAAAUUCGGCUUUAUUUGGCGACUUGCGACUGCCCGCACAUUGAAAUCAAUCCAGAGAGGAGCAUGUUUGCAAGAAAGUGUCGCUGAUGCCUGUGAAGCUCUUGUCGAUCGCAUUCCACCAGCAAACUAUACGAUAAGGGGAACAAAGGAAAAGUUUUCGUUGUAUUUGCUUGGUCUUCUAUCGUACGGAAUUGUGAUUCUCUAUCAAAAACAAGUCAACUAUCUUGAAAUGGAUGCUAGUGCCAUUUUGAUGUCAUUGAAGAACCUGCCGCAGGAUUUUAAUAAGAUCAAUGUCAGCGGAAGUUUUUCAUCAAAGCGACAAGCUUUGGAGGAACACCGAGCUCCCAAGAAAAGGAAGCUCCAAGCUCCUGAUCUCGACAAAACGGAAGACUCUGUACCAUUAGCAAACUUGGACGAAGUGGAUCGAAAUGUCAUCAAUGUCGGAGUUGACACUAUCACCCUGCGAGAACCAGUCUUCAGAAAAGUCCUGAAUUGGAGAGAAGAUUCAGUCUUUGGUGGUCACGAACUUCCGCUCUUCACAAAAGAUAACAUGAUGAUGCUGAACAGUAUUGAAGGUGAAAUGCUGCCAAUCGGUGAUCAAAGAUCGUCGGAUCAAUCUACUAAUAAGCUUUUGCCAGUAGAUGCACUCUACAAUCCACUCGAGAAUCAAACAAAUUUCAACAUUGCUUCUCCAAAGUUAAAAAUUUCAAGAACUGAUCCUUUCUUGGACGCACAAAUUGGCGCUGACGCUCUUUCACCAAGAGCUGAUGAGUUAUGUCGCCAAAUGGAAGAAGACUUUCAGCAUAUUGCACUUUUCCCCGAAGAAACUAUGCAACGAGAUUCUGAAGGUUUGCUUGUGAGUGACACUCAAUUGUUGUUGGAGUCGAUGACUUCGGGAGAUGUUCGAGCCGCUGAAGCACAGGCCAAAGAAGCGCAACACUAUAAAGCAAAGGUCCCAAAGUCGCUGAUCGUUGACGAAAAUGUUCAAAUCAAAUCAUCUACUGUAAAGAAGAACUUGGAUCACUGGUAUGAUACGCUUCGACGACGUGAAUUACCGGCUGUGCAGCAACGAGGAAAAUUUGCCUUUUUGACAAGCGAGCAAUUGUUUGCAGCAGGACCCUUGUCAAUUCCCGGAUGUAACCAAGAUCUAAUCGAUUGCUACCCUACUCGAAAAGAGAUGCGCGCUUGCAAAGAAUGGGAAAAAGAACCCGAGCAUGGAGAGGAGCUGAAGCUAGAUGAAUUAAAUGUUGGUGAACGCAAUAUGCUCACUGAAUUUGACAUACUCCCUGGACAAGAGCUCAAUGAUCAACUUCUGUACGAGUUUCCACCAUUAACUGAUGUUGAUGGAAUGCCCAACAUUAACGUCGAUCUUGAUCAUUUUGGCAACAUGCAAAUGACAGAAGAGGAACUUGAAAUGGAACGACGCCGCCGAGCCAGCUCAAUUAACUAUACGAUGAUUGACGCAUCCGGAAGACCUUCGUUGAUCGAGAAGCAACGACAACAUUUCAAUCAGGAGCAAGAUCUAGUAUCCGAACGUGACUCAAGCGUUGUAAAUCCAUUCGAUCAAUCGUCGAAUUUUGCAAACGAGCUUCGCAAUAUGGCUACCAAUGGAGUCAUUAAGUUCUCCGAAGUAGCCCCUCGCCACUCAACCAAUGCGGCAUCUGCUGCUCGACGUUUUGCUUUUCUCUUGGAAGCUAUAAAGCGCAAGAAAGUUGCUAAAGUGGUCCAAGAGAAGGCGUACGGGGAAAUUAUGAUCUAUGUC